AUGGGAGGAAGGAGUCGGGGCAACCGCACUCAAUGGCAGGCGCCUCGAGAAGAGCAAGCCCGAGCUCCUGGACGCGGAGAGCAGGGAUCGCAAAGCUGGGGCUACUGGCGUGGCAGCUGGCAGUCUUCGCCGAAGGCCAAAUCUCAGCCCAGUGCUGCGGUCCGGUACGAUCGAUCUGGUGGAAAGGCUGCCAUCGACAGGACGGCUCCUUGGAAGCCCCAGAGUGCGGAGCCGGAGACCGUGAUGAAUGCGGUUCAGCGCGCUUUGACUUCGACCCGGAAGGCAGAUGUGCGGAUCAGGAAGCUGCGCGAGGAGCGGGACAAGAAGGACGAUUGCUGGCGGCAAUUUGUCCAGAAAUCCAAGAAGGAGUUCGCUACGCAGAGACGCCUGUACGAGGAGGACUUGACGAGGAUCGACCGCGAGUUGGAGAGCGCGGCGGACCAAGGAGAACAGGCCGCGCAGAGGGUCAAGGACCUUGUUCUCUAUGGUGCGGAUGCGUUGGCUCCCGCUCCGCCUCCGCAGGAAGAGCCGGCCGACAUGGAGUGGGAACAGUUAGUGGCUACGGAAGACCGCUCCGACGAGUCGACUGGUUUCUACAGAGAAGCUCUGCGGGCUGCGAAGCAGUUUUCUGGCGGGUCUCCUACCCCGUCGGAUGCCACGGUGCGGGCUGUUCUUGCAGAAGCCCUUCCCUGCAAGACUCCGGUCCGUGCAGGGCCCCCGCGCUCACCUCUUCCCUCAGCUGUGUUGCAGCAUCCCAGUGUGGCUCUUCCACCUCCUGGACUAUCCGCUGCUCCGGUGGAAGAUGGCUAUCCUUCCCCUCCGAGCCUUGGGGAAGCUCCUUCACCAGUGGUCAGUGCGAUGAACAAGCUGCGGGUGGACGGGACUCCACCGACCAAGGUGCAUCCUGGCCAACGCGAUGCUACCAAGCCUCGCACUCCGACACAUGCCGAGGCUCCGCGACAGGGCAUCAAGGAAGCCACUAUGUCAGCUCCUCACCACGACAAGCCGGAAGGAUCCGCGCUCUCCCGGAGGCUGGCAGAAAGGCGUCAACUGGAGACGGGUCGAGCCAUGCAGGCUUUUGGUGGCGCCGGUUGUGCUGGCGAAGGUCCAGUCUUGCCGGCUGCCCCGAUGGCAGCUGCCGAUCCACUUCCUCCCGGUCCCAGUUUUGUGGAAGACGACGAGGACGAGCCUCCGAACUCUCAGGAAUCCAACGGCCUUCGCAGGUUGCAAAGGCUCCUCUUUUACUGUCUUCGUCGCCUGGACUUUGUUGUCCUCGGGCGCCUCAGUCCUGCGGUCGGUGAAAGCCGUGGAUCUUGCCUUGAGACUGCAGGGGCAGCGGGCUUGCAGUUCGUAUCGGUCCCGCCUAUCGCUGCUUCGGUUGCUGCGAAUGACGGCCCUGUGUUAGGCGUGACCAUUUAUGCCCCGCAUUUUGGGUCCGUUUCCUUCGGUGUCAUGUCUUGCGCACCGAUUGACCUUGAGGAGUUGGUGGCCCAGGUCAAAAGGUCGAACAUGCUUCCGGCCCCUUGCUUGGAUUUCAUAGUGCCCAUUUCUGAGCAAAGGUUUCCAUGCACAAUUGAGCUGCUUGCAUUUCCUUCCUUUUUGCAUCAGUUGCAGCCCGCUCACUAUGCAGUUAUGCUCGAUCUAACCCGUGUCGGUGGACAUUAUCAUGCUGCUUCCUUCCCUGAAGGACUUACGCUGCAAGGUCUCCUCGCCCAUUUGGAGACGCUGAUGUGGUAUCGCUCCGAGGAUGUCGAUGUGUGGAUCGGUGCUUCUGAGUUCCCUGCUUCACGGGGCGCCCUCUCGUUCGCUUCAGGGUCCACUUUCACCGUUCUGUGUAAGGGCGUGAGGCCCGCACGGGCUUACGACUUUCGACGUGUCCUUUCUUCACCCCUGGAAUGGGGUCCCUUCGAGCACGCACCUCGGCCUUCGAGUGCCUUGCAUCAUGCCGUCUUCUGUGAGAGACGCUGGUCUCGGGUUCCCUUUCCUACACUUGCGACCUGCUGCUUAGAAGAUUCAGUUCGCGAUGCCCUGAAUCUGUCUCCGGAGGCAGGUUUACUUCAAACUAGGCCGCGUCUCAAUCUUGCUGUACAUGGAGACACCUGCCACACCGUGUUUGCGGCGGCCUCUACGGCGCCGGCUUGGCUAAUUGAUUUGAGGCCGCUAGGUUUCGCGAUGCGGAUACUCCACAAAACUGGCCGGCCGGAGGUGGAGGACAUUCUGUCGCUCAUCACUUUUGCUCGACCGGGCGACUCCUUUCCUGGCUGCCCCUGUCAGAUCUCUGCUAGUGUACGGGUUGCAUGCACGCCGGAGGUAUGUGAGGUCAGCUCCGAUGACAGCCUUCCCAUUGUCGGUGUGCGCUUCGUUUACUCGCAGGCUGGCUCUGAAGAUGUGGCCUCCCUGCUGGGAUCCUGCGACCAAGCAGUUGCAGGUGCGGCGGACCCGCCACAGGCGCAGUGCAGGAGCCUAUCCUCAGGUACCCCUUCCCUUUCACAGGCUGCGCAACACCAUGUUGCUCUUGAUGAGAGGGAGCAUCUUCCUGCUCCUUUCCACAGGCUAGAAGGUGUUCCCCUUGCGGCUGAGGAGGUUGCUCAUGCUGGCGCCAGCCAGUCGACGACCACUCGUCUGGAUAUGCCUGUAGCCGAAUUCCGCAGCCUUUCUCAGGGCACGGAUGCAAUACGGCAGGCUGUACAGGCACACGUCGACCGAGCAGAUGAGGAACAUCUGCCGGUACCAUUCCAACGACUUGAUGGUUUUGGCCUCCCCGCGGACCCGCAUGCUGCUGUGCACACAGAUGAGUCGGAGGAGAGCUCACACGAACACCAUUGUCGGUCUACCUUUGUUGUCCUUGUUCCGGAUAUGACACCAGAGACAGUGCAGGUUGAGUUGGACGCGCCAUGCAGCGUGGACACGGCCAUCCAGGCCUUGGUUGAUGCGUCCGACGCCAGUCGCUAUCGCUUCUUUCCUCGCUUCCUCGAAGUGGUGCCGCAGCCCUGUCAAUACUGGGGCACGGUUUUGGCGCUGCCACCAUGGUCGGAAGCCGAGCCCAUCUCGGUACUGGAUCUCUUGGAGAUAGAUGGUCGCUUAUACGCCACGUACCUGCCAAACCCCUUUACCAGGGGGCAGGCAUUCCAUGCAGCUCGUCUGCCUGAUGGGGUAGACUAUGCCGUCUUUGCGUAUGGCCACUUUGUGCCCAUGGCACCCGGUGACAGGAUCGAUGUGCAGGAAGGGGGAAAAAUCUCCUUUCGACGUGCGGGUGCCGCACAUCUUGUUCAAGGCCCGUCCCUGCGGACCAUGUUGGCCAGUCCGUAUGGCUGGGACCCGGAGCCUGUGUUGCCAUUUUUACCCGCCGAUAACAGGGUUUGUGUGGUUCAUGAGUCCGGGUAUGAUUUGGUGGUUGCUGAGCCCGACUACAGCGAAAGUGACCUGCUGCCCCUCGCCCGGGCCGCCAGUCGGCUGCCGCGAGAGGAAGUUCUGUUUGCUGUCGGAAGACCCGAGACUCAGGAUGUCUCGUGCCAUGGCGUACCUUGUGAGGCCAUCUGCGCUAUCGCCCCUGAUGAUUUUGGAUUACAGCCAUGCGUUGUCUUGGUCGAUCAGAGACCACUACUGGAAGGGUGGUCGCUUUGGUCGUCUCAUGAUGGGACCAUUUCACACGUGGAAAUCACCGGCAUGCUUGAGACCUUUGUGCCUAAUGGGUGGCAGGUACAGGUACUUGGGGCACCGAUCGAGGCUGGCUUUCUGCAGGUCAGGAAUGGGGAUGUAUUGGUUGCUGAAUUUGUUCCGAAUACGUCUCCGGAGGAGACCCCGCGGCAGCCUCCGUCACCCGGUGACUCCUCAGAUGACGGUUCAAGUAGUCUGGAUGAUGCUGAUACGACUUCUAGACGUGACUGCACCAAUCCCGGGUCGGGAGCUCUCGGGAACGCAGUCGACGCUAUCGGUGGAGCGUACAGAGAGCGUAGCAGGUCCCCCAGGCCAGGUGCAAACAGCGAUUUACAUUCUCACAUGGCAUGGAACAUCUCAGCCCGACUACUUGCGUCCAUCACCUGCGUGUGGCGUCCCGUCAUUGACACCUUGUCACAUUUGACUUGUCGGCUUCUGUCUGAGCCUCGUGGUGCAACCGCCUCUGAGCGGCACCACCUUGACACCCUCCGGAGCAUCACUGGGGCCUUGGGGGGCACCUGGCAUCCGACCUUGCCCGUUUUUCUUCAGGAAUUGCUGCCGACUGCCGAGGAUACUGCUUCUGAAGCAAGCGAGGGAUACGGUCCGCGGACUUGCUGGGUCUCUUGUGUUGUGCUCAAACUUGAUUACGUCCCUGAAAAGGUCACUGUGGCUGUUCACCUCCCUUGCACACAGCCCGAGCUCGAGCAUGCAUUGCAGGAUGCCCGAGAUCCCGCCCUGCGUAGACUCUUUCCAACACUUACUGCGGUGCUGCCCCAGCCCCGGUCAGGUUUUGCAGUCUUUAUCGCUCAGCCACCGUGGAACACGCCUGGCAUCGCGGUUUGCUUUGAGCUUGCGGGCGUGGAUAAUAGGCUAUUUGCUACCUUUGUCCCCGAGUAUGUCACAUGCGGUGAGAUCCAAAAGCUUGCAGAGCUCUCUCCUGACUCGGGGGUACAGAUCUGGGCCGGACCGCAGCUGGUCCGUCUGCUUGAUGGCGAGCCCGCCCAUGUCUUUCCUGGUUUGUUGCUGUGCUUCACGCCUGCAGGGCGACUCCCGCCUACUGCCCACACUCUGGGUGUCAUGCUCCUCGACCCUGAGCUCUGGAGCGACAUCGCUGUUCUUGACGAACCUCUGUCUGACUGUGCCUUUUGUCUGGUCACCGAACGACGCAGUCAGGUCCUCCUGCUUGAGGCGUAUGAAAUGCCACAGUACAGACGCCAUAUCGCGUCCGCGACUGGUGUCGAGCUGUCCAGGCUCCGUUUGUUUGCCGAACAGCCCCAGGUGAGAGAUACCGCGGUGAAUGGAACCUUUUGCCACUCGGUGAUAGCCAUUGGUUGUCAGGACUCUCAGCAACAGACUUGCUGGAGUCUUGCAUUGCUGGAUUGUCGACCCAUCGAGCUCGGCUGGCGACUGACCCAGGUUGCUGGAGGUGUUGUUGACAUCGGCCGGGUAGUAGACGAGUAUGAUCAAAGCGCUCCACUAGGAUGGAAGGCGUUUGUCCCCGAUGUUCCUGCACAGACAGGCAAGGCUGCAGCCUCACCGGGACAGGUUUUUACGGUCACCUAUGCCCCAGCUCCGACUGUUGCUUUUCCUCUGUCCAGCAGUUCCGAUACAGCCAGGGCUAGUGUCACCCCCACAGGGACCGCCACUUAUCCGGCAUCGCGAGGGAGCGCCUGGAACGAGUCGGGCGCUGAUACGCAAGGUCGGGGAGGCCCGCCCUCGACUGCUGCUCAUCCUGACAGCAGCGUUGCGUCUAUCGAUACAGCAAUGUGCUUUGCCCUACUUACGCCAGCGUACAGCACUGAGGUCGUCACGGUCCGGGCCAGCCUGCCGACGCAAUCUGCUGAUGUGGUUGGACAGAUACAGCAUGCACGGGAUGUCACCCGGCAACACCUUUUUCCUAGGCUGCAGGUUGUCCCAGUACAACCCCCGUUCUCUGCCUUGCCGGCAUGGCCCUUUGAGGGAGUGCCGAUAGUGCUUGCGUGCUUUGUCCCACCUUGCCGAGUGUUUGCGGUCGUCGUUCCUGACGUCCUCCGGCACCCUGCCAUCAUGCGUCUGAUUGACGCGCCUGUCGACACCCAGGCCCGCGUGUACAUCAAUGAUGUGCCCUGGGAGAUACCUGUUGAUGCUCUCGUGCAUCUGCACCCGGGAGACUUGAUUACAGUUGUCCCUUUGGCCGAUGAGGUUGCACCCCCCAUCCCCCUGGAGUGCUUGCUUAUGACCACGUGGGGGUGGCCUUCGGACCCUGAGGUGCCGCUACCUGCCGAUGAAGCCAUUUGGCUUCUUACUGACCAGAUGGGUUGUAGGCAUCAGGCCCUCUUCGUUCGUGUUUAUGCCCUCGGAACCGGUUAUGUGGUUCGCCUUACUGGCGGGCAUUCCCCUCUCGGGGAAGAGAAUCACUUCCGACACGUGAGCCCAGGGAGAGUACUUACCGUGACUUUCGUGCCUCGUUGGAUGCACAGUUCACCGCCUCCUGACGACGGUGGAUCUGACGGACCGGAGGAUGAUGGUGAUGGAGAUGCGGGCGAUGGUGCCGGUCCCGAUGACCGUAACCAGCCACACUCUUCUGAUUUAAUUCUCGAUGCGCAACCGGCCGCACAGGCACAGGCAGGCGGUGCCGAGAAUAUUAUCGGCACGGAUGUUCCGAAUACCGGCGCUGCGUGGAGCAGUCGAGUAGCCACGUGGGGUAGGAAGUUUUCACGAUAUGCCUUUCCUGAAGGCCCCUCCUACCUCACCUCUGUCCUCCUGCUUUUCAUGCAAAUGUAUGCCAAGGCUACGCACACAAAGCCGGACAUGUGCCUCCCCUGGCCAGAGAAGUUCGCAGGUUGCUGGAGUCCCCAUGAGGGAGGAGGCCUCUCCAGGUCCACCGACAUGAUGUCCCCGCACCAGGUUGCCGAGGUGUGGGCGGAUAUCGAAGGGGAGGCCCUGAUCACACUUCUUGAGGAGUCUGUUGCGCAGCCUGCAUCGGAAGCCAUGAUUGCCCCCGAGCCUGUUGCCUUAAAACUGGAGGAUGCCGUUCCACUUACUGCGCACCAACAGGAUGUAUUGUUGCUUCAGUCGUGCCUACCACAUGCCCUCCCGUCAGAGGAGGUCGACUGGCUAGACACUGAUCUGACAGCUGUCCUUAGCUUCCAAGAGGUUGGUCUUGAUAUCAGGACUGCCCUCAUCAACAUUCCCAUUUGGUGCCAGUCCGGCUCGCCGAAGCCCGACAGAAUCGACAUUUACACAGAUGGGUCAGCCGCGUCCGAGCUGACUAACAUCCAGCCAUGCGCUUGGAGUUUCGCUGUCUUCGCGAUAGCGGACAACCGCCCAUAUCUGUUGGGACACGCAGCCGCGCAGUCAGCCCCGCCAGAUACGCCCUACUUCUUAGGUGAGGUCCUCGAGGAUGCGUUGACAGCAGAACUGCUGGCCCUUUGUUGGGCUAUGUGUUGGGCGGCACAACACGGCCCCCAAUAUGCUGUAGCCACGCACUUCAUGUAUGAUGCCUUAGGCGCAGGCCAAGGAACCUUCGGUACGGCCAAACCAGUUAGCGGGGCCGUCCCUGCACAUUAUAGUGGGCUCGCUGCUUUCGCGGUUUCUUUGCGUCAUUAUCUCAAUGCCCGCCUGCCGAUUGCACACAGACAUGUCACAGGCCACACAGGAUGUCUGGGCAACGAGCUCUGCGACGCCUUGGCGAAGCUCGCCCGCUCACAAGCGAGCAGCCCAUUUGACAGGUGCUUGCCCGAAUGGCCCGCCCAACGGGCCAAACAUCCACUAGCAGCAUGGGCUUGGGCCACCGUCCCAGGCCAGGCUGAUGUCCCGCAGCUUUACUGCUUUGAUGCGGAGGUUUCUCUGUCGCAGUCCCAACCUGCGGAAAAAGCUGAGGCUCCCGCACAUGGUGCGCGAAAGCGUACCGAGAUUGCAGCCGCAGCAGAGUUCCAUUUCACCAGUGUUAGUGUUAACGUUCUUACACUGAAAGACAGAGGCCCCGUUUCAGGUGAGCAAGGUGUCGGUAUGCGCAUACUCGGACGCAAGGAUGUAUUAAAGGCAGCCCUUGUUGAACUGAGCCCUUUGUUUGUCGGUCUUCAAGAAACGCGUCUGCCAGACGCUGCUGUCCUGCCGGACCCGGACUAUCACAUCUAUAGCACAGCGUCCUCCAGCCAAGGUUCAGGCGGCUGUUCCUUGUGGAUUGCUAAGGCGGUUUCCCUGUACAAAGCGCCAGGUGACGUCCGUUAUAUCAGUUCUACCGAUGUCACCGUCACUGGGGCCUCACCGCGCCACCUUGUUGCGUGCGUUCAGACCCCUCGCUUUAGCCUGCAGCUCUGUGUUAUUCAUGCCCCUUCGACAGCCAACGUGCCAGUUGCUGAGGUCCGCGAGUUUUGGAACCACUGA